AUGGAUGGCCAUAGCAAAAGGUCGUACCGCCAAGAUCUCACGAAGUCUUUGAAAGUGGCCUUAAAAGAAUCGGAGAAACGCCACACCCCUGAAGAGGACUACGAAGAAUCAGAUAACGGCGAGAACGAAGAUGAGAUGCUUUCUUCUAUGUCCCCACGUGAGGAAGGAGAGGCUUUCUCUGAGGAGGAAUAUCCGUUUCGUAGAGACCGAGAGGAAGGCGAAGCCUCGAGUGAUGAAACUAAUGCCAUCACGAAUGCUGAACAACAAGAGCGUGAGUAUCGCCUUCGAUUAGCACAGCGGAAAGCGCAGCGGGAAGCAGAGGCAGCAGCUAUCGCCCUCGUUGCACUCCCUCGGUCAAAAUUCGACUCCCCAGAAAGGAAAUCGGAAGAGCUAAGUGUGGAGGACCCACCGGAGAAGGAUAAUUCGCUCAAGCCCACAAGCUCCGGUGAGUUAUCGGGGACCUCUUUAGCUGAGUGCUUGACGUUCUUAGGGGUGUCAAGUUCAGAUGCUUUUCAGGAGCCCACCUCUCCUAGUGGCAAGCACUCUCACAGACGUAGCCGCGAUCGUCGAAAGGAAGUAUCUGUUACCUCCACAACCGGCAAAAGAUCUUCCUCAUCCCGGCAUCAUCACCACCAAAAGAGGUGUGACUCACAACCCGACUUACUCAGAUAUGCUUCCUCCAAAAAACCACGCCAAUCACCGGAUCCUCCCCCAUCAUCACGUAACCGGUCGCGUUCACCCCCACGUGAUCGAGUAGUCACCGUAAAAGAAGACCCACACGUACCUCCUCCCUUGGAACCUUCAGGUUUACCCUCUCGUCUGGCCCCCGGACGUGCCCCAAUAAUCGAUGGAAGUCAGUUUAAGUACUUGGAAGAAGAAGAGGAGGAGGAUGACGAUGAGGAGGAGGCGCAUGGCGUGUUAGAGGAUAUGAUGGUAGACGACGCUGGGCAGGUUGACAGCUUGCAGGAAAUUUCGUCGGAAGAACACAAUUUGGAGCCAGCAAAACCGUUCUACUAUCCUUCCAUUCAGGGAUGCCGUUCUGUUGACGAAUUCGAAUGUCUAAAUCGAAUUGAGGAGGGAACUUACGGCGUAGUAUAUCGUGCCCGGGACAAAAAAACCAACGAAAUCGUUGCACUCAAGCGCUUGAAAAUGGAGAAGGAACGAGAGGGCUUCCCAAUCACCUCCCUCCGUGAAAUCAACACUCUCAUGAAAGCCCAGCACGAAAACAUCGUCACUGUGCGUGAAAUCGUGGUUGGCUUCGAUCUGGACAAGAUUUACCUCGUCAUGGAAUACGUGGAACAUGAUAUGAAGUCGCUAAUGGAGGUGAUGAGCGGACCCUUCACUGUGGGUCAAGUGAAGUGUUUGUUAAUCCAAUUACUUCGCGCUGUCAGUCAUUUGCACGACAAUUGGAUUCUUCAUCGUGACUUGAAGACAUCGAAUCUAUUACUAAGCCACAAGGGAAUUCUUAAGGUCGGUGACUUUGGGUUAGCACGUGAAUACGGCUCGCCUCUUCAGCAUUACACCGAAGUCGUUGUCACGCUGUGGUAUCGCGCCAUCGAACUUUUACUAGGCAGCAAAUCGUACUCCACGCCCAUCGACCUUUGGUCAGUGGGCUGCAUUUUCGCCGAGUUUCUUCUCCAGCGACCCCUGUUCCCGGGGAAGGGCGAGGUUGACGAGAUUAACAUGGUUUUUCGUGACCUCGGCACACCGAACGAACGCAUCUGGCCCGGUGUCACCCAGUUGCCUGGAAUGCGAAAUGGCGUCUUUACUGAAUACCCCUACAAUCAGUUGCGGCGUCGGUUCACGGAGAAGCAGAUCUCGGACGCCGGGUUUGAUCUCCUCAGCAGCUUUCUAACCUAUUGCCCGGAACGCCGUAUCACCGCUGAGAAGGCGCUCUCUCACCGCUACUUUAAGGAGAGACCCCAGGCCAUACACCCCUCCAUGAUGCCGAGCUGGCCGGCCAAGUCUGAGGGCGGCGGUCGCCCCCACCGUCCCGCUUCUCCCCGCCCACCUCCUGGGGCCCUUUUGAACAUCUCCUCCUCCUCCAACUGCCCUCUGCAGGAACCCCCACCACCUCUCGGUGGAUCCCGGUUCUUCGGCAAUGCCUCAAAACGAUCCCCCUCUCGUAGCGCAACCGGUGGAGGAAGCGGGAUCAGGGGAUCGGGUCCUGAUCAUGGAUUCCUUUUGAGAUUUUGA